GAGUGGGAGUCCCUGACACAGGAAAAGUUUGUGGUUGCAGUGCGAGCCUGUGACUUCACCAGAAUCAGAGUACGAGUCUCUCAGAAGCAGAGAGGCUCUGCUGGACGCUCUCAGUCAUGACUGUGCGAGCACUGAGACAGGAGCAGGGCGAGGAGCUGCCUGCAACACCUCCUCUCUCCCCUCACUGAAAACUUCAGUCACAAACCGAGGCUCAGCCGACUUCUGUUUUAGAUUUGUUUGGAAGAUAUAUUGGAGUUUCAUUUGAUGGCUGUGCAAUAUCAAAACCUGGGAUUUUGUGGAGAAGAAAGGAUAGUUUGACUGGAUUAUACGUGGGUGAAAUGAAGUUUUUGUGGACGUCGGACUUUUGGUGCCAGGGCCCUGCAGUUUACUCCAAUGAAUUUUUGUGAUUUUCUUUGAAUACUUGCGUAAUUUCUUCAAAAGCGCACAGAGCUGCAGCCUCCUCCUCCUGUUAUGGAAAACCUCACCAUGGAUAACAUGACUGUGGAGAAUGACACGUCGGUGCAGGACAAUCAAACCCUGGGUGUUUGGACUGACUACACAGUUGAAUACAAAGUGGUCAGCGUGUUUUUGGUGUCCCUCAUAUGUGGAGUGGGGAUCGUGGGGAAUGUGAUGGUCAUACUUGUGGUCCUGACCACCAAACACAUGCGGACUCCCACUAACUGUUACCUGGUGAGUCUGGCCGCGGCUGACCUGAUGGUGCUGACGGCCGCCGGGCUGCCAAACAUCACCGACGCCCUGUAUGGACAGUGGGUGUUCGGCUACGCGGGCUGCCUGGGGAUCACUUACUUCCAGUACCUGGGAAUAAAUGCGUCCUCCUGCUCCAUCACCGCCUUCACCGUAGAGCGCUACAUCGCCAUCUGCCACCCCAUCAAAGCGCAAUUCCUGUGCACUUUAUCCAGGGCAAAGAAAAUCAUCAUGCUGGUCUGGGCGCUCACCUCUGCCUACUGCGUCAUGUGGCUCUUUCUGUCAGACACCAAGAAGUUGGCAUAUGAAAACGUGGUGCUGCUCAGCUGCGCCUACAAAGUGUCCAGGAGUCACUACCUGCCCAUUUACUUUACUGAUUUCGCGGUGUUUUACGUGUUGCCUCUGAUGCUGGCCACCGUGCUGUACGGGCUGAUCGCCCGGAUACUUUUUCUCAACCCACUGCCUUCAGAUCCCAAAGACAGCGCCAAGAAGUGGAAGAAGGAGACGACUCAGGGAGGAAGGAUGAUCAGCACCAGUUCCUCCAGCAGCACCACGGCCGCCUCCCGCAGACAGGUGACAAAGAUGUUGGCUGUGGUGGUGAUCCUCUUUGCCUUACUUUGGAUGCCCUACCGGACCUUAGUGGUGGUGAACUCUUUCCUUGACAAGGCCUACCUGGACACCUGGUUCCUGCUCUUCUGCCGUCUCUGCAUCUACCUAAACAGCGCCAUCAACCCGGUCAUCUACAACGCCAUGUCCCAGAAGUUCCGCGCUGCUUUCAAGAAGCUGUGUCACUGCGGCCCACAGCGCACGGAGAAACCAGCUUCUUACAGUGUGGCGCUAACCUACAGUGUCAUCAAGGAGACGUCCAAUGGGGAAAGUCCUGACCACUUCACUACAGAAAUGGAUGAUGAGAUAACCACUCCGACAGAUCAGUACAUACCCACUAGCAUCCUGCCCAGAGCCGAGAAGAUGCCGUUUGAAGAGCCUUCUCUGUCUGGCAGUGAUGUCAAAGCCUGAGUAAAAGUAAACUCUCCAUCCUAAAAGAAUUCUGACAGCCUCAGUAUGAAUUUAUUCACCCAUUUUAGAGAGGUUUUCAUUACAACUACCCAGAUACUUCCGGUUUAAUUUUUCAAAGACUUUUUUGUUUGGAAAUGUUUAUUUUACAAGUUGAUUUGCUAAAAGCUCAGGAUGCUGUGAGAUGAGCUGACGUAUAGGCCUUCAGCAGACAAGUGAAUCUUGCAAGAUUUUGACUAAAGCAGUGAUUAUUCAGUUCUGAAGAGAAACUCUAGGCUAUAAUUUCUCUGAAAAACAGAAAAUCUAAUUUAAAUUAGUUAUUAAUGCAGGAUGUAAUUAAUCCAGCUGAUACAAUGCAGAGACACUUCUGAAUAAACUUAAACUGUUACAGGAAAAAGGUGCACGAGAGCAGUUAAUGUCAUGAGGUUUAUCCUAUAGUUAAAUUAUUUGCUUGGUUGAAACAAACUGCUUCCAUCCAUAUCCUCCUGCCUCUCCACUCUGAACAGAACCAGACUCUGUUGAAAUAAAACACUACAAUAUUUCACACUUGGCAAUGGAAAGUUUCACACAUAUAUAUCACAGAGCUGAGUGAUAUGGCAAAACAUUUAGGUUUUUAUGUGAGUCUAUUAGUAUUAAUCAAGAUAUAAUUGAGUCACUAUUUCUGUUGAUCUUAAUAUUCCCUGGUCAGUUGUAGAGCUUUGUUAGCUGCAGAGAGAAUAUCUAUAGAUGAAUAAAUUAUGCCAAACUAAACAAAAAUCUUAUCAAUGAAUCCUUAAGUGUGAAAAUGUUUACAGUCAUGAAGCUUACAUCUCAUAUAUAUCUUGGGUCAGUUACUUCAUUGGUUAAAAAAAUAAUGUUACGGUGUGUAUUUCUCUAAAAGCUUUGCUGCUUGUUCCUGCAGCACUCUGUUUUAAGUUACAUUAGCCUUGCCCCAUUUGGGACUGUGUCAUCAUCUUUGUGGCCAACAGGACUUUAAGUAGGAAAAAUAAUGAUACACCACUGAUGUGACUUCAUUAUCCACAGCAGCUCUUUACAUUUAAGUUUUUGACAGUUUGGACAUUGACUUGUUAUCUGUCUUACUAGUGGUUUGAUGGAGGGUUGAUAUUAGUUUGUGUGUUCAGUGGACAGAUUAGUCAGGUACAGCUAGCUUGUUCAUGCGCUGAAAGUGUAGGGAGGUCGAUAACCUCCUCCAACUGAAAAUGAGACUCUCAGUCACUUCAAAGUUUUCUUGUAUAGUUACAUGUCAGAGGUGUGAACUUAAGUCACCUGACUUAGAUUCAAGUCAGACCUGAGUGACAAAUUUGAGGACUUGCAACUCGACUUGGACUUUAAAUCCAAUUACUUGCGACUUCACUCUGACUUGAGUCAUUUUUUUAGUUUGGCACGCUGCUUUUGUCUUCUCUGCUGAGUAUGACACACACACAGGGACAGAGACUUCAUGGUGCAUUCAGGUGCACCCUGUAAACACUGAAAUCUAUACCUGAACAGCUGCAAAAGUAAUUUGAAAAAAUUUUCACAUUUGGUGAAGAGGACAUUAUGACUCAUUUAGGACUCAAAACUCAAAGUUUAGCACUUGCUGUGACUUGGGACUCAUUAGUACUGUCUUGGGACUUGGCUCGGGACUUCCUUGUUUUGACUUGAAACUUGAGAAUAAAGACUCAAGACUGACUAGGGCUUGGUCCCACCUCUGCUAUGUAGUGUUGUAUUAGCUGUCUUGCUAACGGGACUCCAUGCAGUCCCUAUAGGGCUAACAUCAAGCUUUUUGCUGAUGAUGAGUAAAUACCUCCAAACUGUAGGAUCAUUGUUGAGCAGUUCAUAAGGUAACAUAACUACCUUUCAAAUGGCUAAUAUGUAAAUUAUUACAUUUCUAAGUUACUUAUUCAACACUGCAUAUACCUUUUUAGAAAUAGCUUUGUUUAUGUGUUGGGACAGAGUUAAUAGUGGGCUACAUUGUCAAGCAAUCAAAUUUAACUUCACAGUGUAUUAUAUUUCCAAUGUUCUAAAAACCCAGGUUUUACUUGUAGCAAACCGCUUGUUUUUUUUCUUUGUUCUUGUACCUACCCACCAGAAACCAUGUAAUUCAAAUGAAUCCAAAUGCACAACACCGUGACAUUUUGUUCUUGCUGCUAGAAUGAAAACACAGAUAUGGGAUUACAUGACCAUCUGAAAAGGUCCACGUAAAGAAAAGGACACAUUGCAGGCAGUCUCUUAAACCUACUGUGUCACUUUAAAACUCUAAUUAUUUCUGCAGGGAAUUUAGUCUUAACAGUGACAGACACAACAAAGCCUCAUAUUGCUUUGGUCACUACAGCUCUGUGCCUCAGCUCUAGAGCCUGUGAAGGUCAGUAGCCAGAGUGUAAUAAUGAGGGAUAAAUGUGUAGCUGUACAGCCGGAGAGGCUGUUUGUUAAAGGGUCAGAUAACUGUCGGGGCAGUAAUUCACUGAUAUUGGCUGAGACUGCAGAGUGCAGCACUUUUCUGUGAUUUAUCUGCUCAGCAAAACCCACAGAGUAAUCAUGGAAUGUGUAAAUAGAUUGCAACAAAGUGCCAUACUUGAGUUGGUGAAAUCCACAGUAUGUAUAUGGCUCACCCCGCUAUUAAAAGAAUUUUCCACUGUUGGUUUCAGUUACGUAAAUAUGUGUAAAUUGACGUGCACUCAGAGGGAA